GUUUUUUGCCUGAACCCGGAGACUAGUAGCCAUGGCGUCAGGCCUGUGCAGUGUUGUUGUUGUGUUGGCGUCAUGUGUGGUCCUGGCCCCUUCUGUAUUUGCUGGGGACUCGGACUGUAAGGCGUAUGAUAACAAACCGUACCAAGUAUGCACUAGAGGAUUUUGCUGUGGUUCCUGCCUCAGAAGAUACUGCUGCACUGAUAGUUUCUGGCGGUUUACUGAAGAUGAACAAGAGGACUGUGAUUAUACCUUUAACUCUCAUGGCACACCAUUGCCAAUGAUCCUUGGUAUCUGUGGCUUCGUGGUCGUUUUGCUUAUCUUCAUCUGCUGCUGUGUCUGCCCCUGCUGCUGCCUGUACAAGAUUUGCCGCAAGCCAAGGCCUGUGAUAGCCACCACCACCCACACCACUGUGGUCACGGCCUCUCCGCAGCAUUAUCCCCAGCAGCCAACUGCAACACCUGGGCUGCCUCAGUCCUACCAGGGAGGCCAGUAUCCGCCCUACCAACCCGUACCAGUGCAGCCGGGUUAUGGACCGCAGCCCAUGGCAACACCCUAUCAUGGACAACAGUUCACAGCAGGGCCGCCACCAACAUAUCAGGAAGCCACUGGUCCUGGCUACCCGCCCCACCCGAUGCCUUACAGUCAGGCUGCAUUCACCCCCGGCCAGCCUGCGUACCCUCUGCAGCCUCCUGUUCAUCAGCCGCAGCCCAACGCUCCACUUUCAAACACAGACUAUCUAGCCCAGCCAGCGUACAACCCUGCUUAUGUUGCACCGCCACCCUAGAUCGGACAAAAGAUCACAGUGCCUCACUCUCAGCCACUUUAAACGUGCUGCAACAUUUUGGAACUUGGCAGAACUGGAAAUGUGUAACCUGAAUCAAAGAGGAGGAUUAUCUUGAUUCAUGUGUUUUUGUGGUUAAAUACGGGAAUGUUGUUGUAGUGCAUCUGUUCCGUCGAAGAGUUGCCAAUGAAAAUGUUGAUACCUCUCGGCUCGUAAUGCAUGGACUUACAGUAUACAAGUGGUGAGAUUGUUGUUGUUUUUUUUAAACAUAUUUUUUAGUUGGCUCCUUCUUGGUCAUCUUGGUGAAUUACACAUGAAACCACUGAGUCUGAUUUUACAGAUUAAAAGUCCUUUUUCUAGCAUUCUGGACAUGCCUGAGCAUCUUCCUCCUGGUUCCCUGUAAAACUGCACCGGCUGAACUUGCCUGACCUCUUCAUUCACUGUCUACAGUCAUUGCAGUCAGACUCUGUGGUCAUGGUCAUAAUCUCGCUGCUUUCUGCCAGUUUACUUUAGGCAGAUGAAGUGCUUAGAAGAUGAAGUGGUUUUUUUUUUGUAAUUUAAAUUGCUUUGUGUGUGUUACUUGGGAACAAAUGCAGAGUGUAUAAUCCUUCCCACCAGAUUGUAUAAAAGAAGUGGCCAACGUGAUGUCACCCAUUGGUUUGUGGACUACCAAUUUGAAGCCUCGAGAUUGGCACUGUAGUUAUCACCAUCUUGUUUUUUUCAAAAUCCAGAAGUGACCAUAUUUAGAUGUGAAAAUCUUUAUCAUCUAUUUUACUCAAAAUGGACCAUAAUUUCCAAAAUUAUAUUGAAGAAUACCAAGAAAAAUGUUAACUGAGGUAAGAAGUGAAAAGAAGUCCUUUUUUGCAUUGAUUAACAUGCAACCAGGCUUCAUUUUGCAACCAGUGGAAUCGCCCCCUGCUGGCCACUAACAAGAAUACACUUAAUGGCACUUCAGCAUUAGCUUCACUUUUCAAACUUAAAGACUAUGUACACGUCUUUAUACAGUCUAAAGUUGACCAACAAUGUUCAGGAAAAGGGGUCCUCUUUAAACUGUACGGAAAAAGGGAACAUUCAUCAUGUCAGUCUGACAAAAUAAGCCUUGCACACAUUUUGUUUUUGUGUUAAUGUACAAAGGAGACUUCAUGUCAUUAUCUCCUCUUUUUCUCAGGUUGUUUUCAUUCAUUGUUUUCAUCUUACAACACAAGUAACUAAAAUGCAUCGGCAGCUUUGAAUGAAAUAACCAAAGGUGAUUUAUUUUCCACCAAACAUUCACAAAAAGAAAUGUUAUACUUUGAAAAUGCAAGAAACAGUUGUGCCUUCUUAGCCAUAUUACGUUUGAUUUGCCUGUUUCACAUAGUGUUGUGUUACUCUGACUUGACUGUCAUCAUAAAGGAUUACAUUUACUUCAACCUUCCGCAUUAUUUGCAAAAUGCAGCCUUUACACUAUAGUUACAACCUAAACUGUGCAUUUAUGAAAUUUUAAAGGUCACAAUUUUUUUCCAGUAUUGUGUUAUUUGCCUUGUCAAAUCCUUUUUUUUCCUCUCUUUCUGGAAAUUCUCAUUACCAUUGCCUUUAUCGGUUUUUACAAGCAUAGCAGUCAUGUUUAAUAAGUAGCCUGUUGCUGUUUUUUUUUUUUUAAUCUAAACUUUAAACUAAUAUGCCUGCCCUGUUCUGCUUUGUCACUUCUGCUUUCUGAUAACUGAAAUGACUUUAACAGCUCAAGUGACCUUUCUUCUUAUUAUCCAGCUGUACUUUCAGAAUACAGUCACUGCUCAUGUGACACAGUUUUGUUGGAGUCACCCUGAUUUUUAACUUUGUCUCAUGAGACACUGGCUGUGGUCAAAGAACAUACAGUACCUUAUGUAUUCCAUUUUAAUGUUUCAUUAUAUGUGAGUAUCACAGGUACACAUUUCAGAAUAAAGUUCAGUCACAUCCACGCUGUGACUUAUUUUACUUUACCAGCUAUCAUGAGAAACCACAUGCCAGCUAAUGAAAGGAGCAGAUGUCCUCACAUAUCUUUUUUAAUUUGCAAAAUAGUUAAUUUGUGAGGAAUGUGCACGCGUCCAGAGCGCCUCGUCUUUGUAUUUCUGUUUGCUUGCCUCUUGGUCUUCAAUCUGUCUUUAUAAAUGUUUUCUUCCUGUGAUUUCAGUGUUGUUUCUUCAAGAUGACUUUAGUUGGACUGUUUUUUUGUGUGUGUGGAUUAUAGCCAUCUGUGUUCUGUGUGAAAGACAUACCAGCAGAGAUUUAUUCUUGUUCCAUCUGUGUUUCACGUCCAAGAAUAAUUGUCAUUGAUGCUACUUUAAGAAUAUAUGUACAUUACUUUUAUUUUGUUAAGAACACACCACUUCCUCUGCAGAGUUCAAUAAAAUAUAUAUUUUCUGUUUCA